GGAGGAGGGGGAGAGCGGGGCAAAGAGAAGCAGAGGGGGUCGUGGGAGUGAGAGUGCUGUGGAAGUAGAGAAUCGCAGAGAAAGAGAGAGUAAAUCAAAGAUCCAUCGUCAAAUAUGCUCGGAUUUCAUUUUUCCCCCUUGUAUCACAAUGCAAAGAUCCAUUGCCAAUUAUGGCUCGUGCUCCGCCAGAUCAAACCUUGGCUGUGAGGCGCUGGACCUCCUUUCAUCGCUUGGCCUGGGGAUCACCGGAAAGGCACUGCUAAGAGAAGGAAGAUCAGCAAUGGCGUCCGCAGCCGCUUUAAUUAGCCAUUCCACUACUUUGCUGGGUUGAUCGUAGCCCAGACGAUCCUGGAGAUCGUAGAACUCUAUGGCGGUGGAGACUGAGAGACGAACGAGGACGACAGAGGCGGAACCACGGAGGCGGAUUCACAUAUCAGAUCGCAUCGACGACGAUGAGAUGAGUACCAUUACUUUCUUUCGUUGUAUUCUACUAUUCUAAAACAAAGAUAUAUACUGAAGAUGUGGUUUCUUGGACCAGGCUUCUCCUCAUUCUUCACUUUUCCGAACAUCCACGCACAGAUUAGGCUUUCUAAUUCCUCGAAUUCAACUCCGAUUAGGGCAGAACGGAGGCGGAUCGGAACGAGGCCGUACAGGAAAAUGGUUUAAGAAACGAUCGUCACUGCUAUCGCCAAAAAGAAACCCAGGGGCAGUUAUGUCAGAAUGCAUAAAGUAGACAAAACGGGCGGGAAAACGCUUCAGGCACCGACCACCGUGGCAGUUUGCGAAGCAGCUAUGAUACGAUCCAACAGGAAGCAACAAUGAACAGUGAAGGAGGAACUCGAAUUCAAGGGGUGCUUGUUGAUGGUCGCUGCCUGUUUAGAGCCAUAAGUCAUGGUGCUUGCUUGAGAAGUGGGAAAGAAGCUCCUGAUGAAACCCGUGAGAGAGAACUUGCUGAUGAAUUAAGAGCUCGAAUGUUCAAAGAAAUUGCAAGUGCCAUUGGCACUUCUGCAGAUGACCUAAAAGAUUCGCCGAUAAAAUGUGCUGGAACACCUUCAACAGUAAUGGACCUGGUGGUAAUUGGAGACAAACAAUGCAAGUUGACUGAAGUUGGGGUUUCUGUUGGAGAGGAAUUUCAAAGUGCAGAAAAUGUUGUUUCGAAGGGAACAACUGUCAAGCCUGAUGCAGUUUUAGGAGUUACGGCCUCCAUGGGCCAUUUGGACCUAUCUGUAGCACCCCCUGACUCAUGUGAUACAGUGAAGGGCACUUGCAGUGAACUACCUAUUAAGGCUGCAUCAGAAACUCUUUUGGACAUAACAAACUCAGCUAGUACGAAUCAUGCUACUGUUUUGCAUGAAGAAAAGACUAAAAUAGGCAUGGGUCCAGUGCUGUUGGAAAGCAGUAAUGAGACAGUGCAGGAGAGAUCGUCUGAUACAUAUGCUGGUAGAAGUUCAUGCAUUAAUGCCAAGGAAUAUGGAAAUAGCAGUAGAGAUUAUGUGAAAGCUUCCACUCUGCUGCCAAUGGACAAUUCUUCACAGAAUCAGUGUCAGCAGAACCAUUCUUAAGAUCUAAUGAAUGAGACGGCUCCAUUAGCAUGCUGGCCAUCAGAGGUGACU